CUCUACUUAUCGGAUUACACUGGGUAUGUUGUAUUCAAAUUGAUCAAAACAUGUUCUGCAAAAGCAAUAGAAGAACAACACUGAAACCUCUGUUAAGCCCUUCUUUCCCACAAUACACUUUUUGUCUCUGUGAAACCUCAAAAUCAUGAGUUCAUAUCCUCCAUUAAAGCCUUGUCAACUAAUCCAAACAAUUACUACUCUUCUCUGUUCCUCCAAAUCUCUUCCUAAAUCCUCUCUUCAAUCCUACAUUCCUCACCUCACUCCUUCCAUCAUCCACUCCAUUCUUUCCUCACCAACCCUCUCGUCACACCCCACCGCCCUCUUUUACUUCUUCCAAUGGUCCCAUUCCCACAUACCCUCUUUCUCUACCCACCCCCACCCCCCACUCCCCCUCCCUUCUCUUCUCCCUCUCUUAUCCUCCCUUUUAUCGCGUCAAAAAUUCCAUCUUGCAAAGUCCCUUCUUCUCACUUUUAUCCCAUCUGAUCACCCCCAAAACCAUCUCCACCGUCAUCUCCUUCACCCCAUUUCCUCUUUCCCUCAAUCCUCAAAGGCAUUGUUGGAUACUUCUAUAGGUGCUUAUUGUCAAUGUGGAAAACCCCAUCUUGCCCUUCAGAUUUUCAAGAAGAUGAAAAAUCGUCGCCUUUGCCCCAACUUGCUGACUUUUAAUACUUUGAUUAAUGCCUUGGUAAAGCACCCCUCUACUCACUCUGUUGGUUUAUGUAAUGAGUUGUUUAAUGAUGCACUUGAGCUUGGUUUGGUGCCUGACACUUUUACUCUGAAUAUAAUGAUUAAAGGGUAUUGUUUAGUUUACAAGUAUAAGGAUGCUAAUCAAUUGUUGAAUAGAAUGAGUGAGUUUGGAUGUGUGCCGAAUAAUGUGAGUUAUAAUACUAUAUUAGAUGGGUUGUGCAAGAAAGGUUGGUUGGGUGAUGUUAGGGAUUUGUUGUUGGAUAUGAAGGGUAAAGGUCUGUUGCCGGACAGGAAUACGUAUAAUAUUUUGGUACAUGGUUAUUGUAAAAUGGGGCGGUUGAACGAUGCGGCUCAGGUUAUCGAGCUGAUGACGCAGAACAACACUUUGCCUGAUGUUUGGACUUAUAGUAUGUUGAUUGAUGGUCUUUGUAAGCAAGGAAGGAUUGAUGAUGCGUUUAAGAUUUGGGACCAGAUGGUAGUAUUGAAAUUGUUGCCUGAUGUGAAAACUUAUAACACCCUCAUCAAUGGGUGUCUUGAUAAUAAGAGAAGUUCAAAGGCCUUUGAUUUGCUUGAAGAGAUGAAUAAGGUGGGGAUCAAAUGUGAUGAGUUUACGUAUAGUACAUUGAUUAAAUGGUAUUGCAAGCAAGGGAAGAUGGACAAAGCUAGAGAGGUACUUCAAAGGAUGGAAGAAGGGGGUUUAUCUUCAGAUUGUGUUUCCUAUAAUACUUUGAUAACUGCAUAUUGUAAAGCAGGUAAUCUACCAGAAGUAUUGAGGAUAAUGAAACGAAUAGGUGAAAAAGGUUUGAAAAUGGAUAACUACUCUCUCACCAUAAUGCUUCAUACUCUUUGUCAAGAAAGGAAGCUUGAUGAGGCCUGCGAGUUACUCUCUGUUGCUCAUACCAGGGGCUAUCUUGUUGAUUCAGUAAGUUAUGGCACUCUUAUUGCUGGCUACUUUAGGUGUGGAGAUAUGGAAAAAGCUCUUAAGCUUUGGGAAGAGAUGAAAGAGAGAGAGGUAAUUCCAACCAUUGUCGACUACAACAUCAUAAUUGGAGGCCUAUGUAAAUCAGGUAAAACUCAGCAGGCAAUUGCUAAACUGAAUGAACUUUUGGAGAAGGGUAUAGUGCCUGGUGAAAUAACAUAUAAUACUAUUAUUCAUGGAUACUGCUGGGAGGGGAACAUUGAGAAAGCAUUGCAAUUUCACAACAAAAUGUUUGAGAAUUCUUUUAAGCCUAGUGUAUACACGUGCAACAUUCUUCUUCGGGGACUUAGUAGGGAAGGCAUGCUUGAAAAAGCCAUUAAGCUCUUUAAUAGGUGGAUUAAUAAAGGGAAGACCAUUGAUGUAGUAACUUAUAACACCUUGAUAACAGCUCUUUGUAAAGAUCAAAGACUUGAGGAUGCUCUGGGACUUGUUCCUGAAAUGGAAGAGAAAAAUGUCCAGCCUGAUAAGUACACGCAUAAUGCUAUUGUUGGUGCACUUACUGAUGCUGGAAGGCUUAAGGAAGCAGAAGAAUUUAUGACAGACAGAGAAAGACUAUCUGAACAGCGGUUGCAAAUGGAUAACAGGGAACAUGAACUCAGAGUUGAUGAGCUAGAUCCAAGUUCAAUUGCUUAUUCACAGCAGAUUAAUAAGCUUUGUGCGGAGGGAAGAUAUAAAGAUGCGAUGCUUAUCUAUACACAAGUCACUCAGAGAGGUAUUGCUCUACGAAAGUCUACUUAUAUCACUCUGAUAAAAGGACUCAUCAAGAGGAGAAAAAGUAUAUUGAAGACAGGUUGAUGGUGACCCCUAAAGUUUGGCUCUGGCUGAGUAUGAUGAAUUCAGUUUCUACGCCCAGUAUGCAACACUGCAAGGAUCCAAGGCCGGUGAACCAUUCGCUUUUCCGCCAUCAGAUUGGUAUUUGAGGGUGUGAUCCUACUGUACACAGUUCUCUCUUUUAACUUUGAUCACCAAUAUUGUCGACCGUCGUUCAUGUUUGGAAGCUUUUAAUGGAUUAAGGUGUAGCAAAGGAGGAUAUUGUUGCAUCGCUAAUAGAUGAAGUCUUACUGUCUUGUUCAUGCAAUUCUGACAAGCUUUUUUAGGGGAAAAAAAUAGAAAAGCAGGAAAAAGGAAACCACCUUCCUGCCAUAACCUUGAGCCUUGAGGAUACAAAUGCUGAUUAUCUCAAUUGCACUGGAUGCUUAAGUCCGUUGAUUGUGACAGAACUUGUGAUUGACGACUUGAUAGAAAUCUUGGAAAAAAGUUUAAAAUUGGAUGUGACUAAUCUAUUACCUAAGAAUUCAGCUCAGCCAGGAAUUCUUUAUUAAAUUUAGGGCUAUAUUGCUCGGACUCUCCACAAAUGUUGCUGCAGCCAUGUUAGAUCCCUAAAAAAAUGCACCACUUUUGGAGUAUCCGACACGUACAUGUCGGCAUCUUUGAAGAGUCCAAGCAACAUAGAUUUAGGGUGCUCAACCAUACUGAUCGUUCUUGUCAAGCUGACAUCAUUAUUUCAGCCACAUGAAAUCUUGUAAAUUUUUUCCCUGGUUUUAUCCCAGUUGGUGAGAGAUAAAUAUUGGAGUCUACUGAUAAACUUGUAAUUUUGUUUACGUAACAGAACAUUUUUUAAGGGGAAGUAUGCUUUUGUUUAUCCGGCAUUUUCACAAAGCUAUUGUUGCUCUUGCUCUUGCUCCUUUAUGCUUUAGCAAUUCCACUUCAGGAGCUUACUCCUAAAACAUAUCUUUUUACCCGAAUUCGAGAUGUUUUCUUCUC